AUGUACAUUCCAGUAGACAAGGCGAUGGAAGUUCAAGAAGAGGUACGAGAAAAAGGAGGAACAGUCGAAAAAAGAAGCGUAGCGAAUCAUCCGAUUCAAAAGAUGGUGAAGAAGAGUCCUCAAAACCCACCAGUGAAGAUCGCCCACCAAUGCAGUUUUUUGGUGACGAGCAGACGAGAUGGUCAAUUGUGGCAAAGCUCUGAUGCGGAUCCUAUUUAUAUUCGAGAUUGUGAUAGUUCAAGUUUUGUUCCGCUGCCAAAAGCUGAAGCCGAUUCUCGUCCCGCACCUGAUCCACGGGUUGAAGAGCACUUCAUUGGUGUUCGAAGCAGUGAAGAGGCAGGAAAGAUGGUAAAACCUGAUGAUUUUGUAUUGUACUAUAAAAAAGAAGACGAUGAAGAACUCGAAAUUGCAAUUCCACUAUACUUGGCUCAUCGAAAUACACGCAAUAAGUUUCGACAGUUAUCAGAUCUUGUACGCUGCUAUCAUAUUUAUCGUUUUACUGACGCACAAUCUGGCCGAAUGGAAGUGUUCCCACUGUGGAAAGGCGGAAUACUUGAUGACUACAAAUAA